AUGUCUUCGCCCAACAGCACCAGCAAGUCCACCUCGAGUUUACACAGAUCCCUUUCCGGUCAUCUGCAGCGACUCCAUAUUCGUAAUCAGGACACAAACACACCGACAAGUUCACAAGAAUUCACCGAGAAACGUUCAGCUCCGCGCAAGUUUUCCUUGCAAUCAAGAUCUCCUCCCUCGCAACAACUACUAAGUCGAUCUCAAGAAAAUACGGGCAUUGAUGCGAUUCAACCUAUCAAAAGAUCAAAGUCUCAAAUGACUUCUUCAUCUUCAACAAAGCUAUCAUCAUCAUCUGUCAGUAGACGACAUCGUUCUCCACCACCUCCUGCUUCUUCGAGUUCCCCGAUCAUGAACAAAUCAGCUCUUGAACAACAACAACAACAACAACAAAACAUCAUGUCAAGUAGUCAGAUCAGCGAGACAACAGAUGAUUCUGGAGAUGAUGCAAAGGAUUUAUCCAACGGCAUGUUUGGUAAAGCGCGUGAUCGCACGACAUUCAAGGGCGUGUUUGGGAAGAUGGUUGGCAGUUUCAAUCUCCUCAACAAGGAUAAUGCUGCGAGUAAACAGGAGAAGGAAAUGGAGAUUUCUGGUCCAUACAACGCUAAGCACGUCACUCAUGUUGGCUUUGAUCCUACUACGGGUGAAUUCACUGGGCUACCAUACGAAUGGCAAGUGCUACUAAAGCAAAGUGGCAUUUCCAAAAAGGAACAAUACCAAAAUCCUCAGGCUGUAUUGGAUGCUAUUGGAUUCUACCAAGAAACAAGAAACCAUGAUGAUUCAGUGUAUCACAAGAUGGAAAGGGCACAUACGGCAAGCCAUUUACAUACCGUUUCCUCAUCGGCUGCUCCUCUUCCCAAUUACACCACUCCAAAUGAACGUGUAUCGCCUCCUUCAUCGCCUGUUGCUUCUUAUCAACAACCAUCAUCACCUACGUUUACUGAUCAACCACCACGAUCACCACCUCCUCCGCCACAACAAUUGCAACAACAACUCACCAAGUCUACCGAACAAUCAGGCUCCAGCUCACUUGAUCGCUAUUUAGCUGAAGGUCGAUCUCAACAUCCAUCAUCACCCUCACCACCACCCGCUAACAAAUCUCCUCAUCCUGCACGUGACUAUGAUAUCAAACACAAGUUGAGUACAAAGCAUCGACGACAUGAAAAUGAACCACAGCAUCAACAACAUGGUCCAUUGGCUGGAUCACCAGGCACUGUACGACAACGACCCAAAGAACGAAAGAGCGCUGGUAUGAAAGAUGCUGAAGUGAUCGCCAAGCUUCGUACGAUUUGUAUUGAGGAUAACCCAAGCAAGAUCUAUCGCAAUAUGACCAAGAUUGGACAAGGUGCUUCAGGUGGUGUUUACACUGCUUAUUCGGAAGGACGUGAUUUGCCGGUUGCUAUUAAGCAAAUGAAUCUUGAACAACAACCCAAGAAGGAACUUAUCAUCAAUGAAAUCCUGGUCAUGAAAGAAUCCCGACACAAGAAUAUUGUCAACUUUAUCGACUCGUAUCUUUGGCGUGGCGAUUUGUGGGUUAUUAUGGAAUACAUGGAAGGUGGUAGUUUGACGGAUGUGGUGACACACAACAUGAUGAUUGAAGGCCAAAUCGCUGCGGUGUGCAAAGAAGUCUUGGCGGGUCUCUGUCAUUUACAUGCAAAUGGUGUCAUCCAUCGUGAUAUCAAGAGUGACAAUGUGCUUUUAAGUUUGAACGGCGACAUCAAGUUGACCGACUUUGGUUUUUGCGCACAGCUGAAUGAUAUGCAAUCCAAACGGACGACCAUGGUUGGUACACCGUAUUGGAUGGCACCUGAAGUUGUAACACGCAAAGAGUAUGGCCCCAAGGUGGAUGUUUGGAGUUUGGGCAUUAUGACGAUUGAAAUGAUUGAAGGAGAACCACCGUAUCUGAACGAGAAUCCAUUACGUGCAUUGUAUCUCAUUGCAAACAAUGGCACACCCCAAUUACAAGAACCCGAAUUCAUUCAACCUGUUUUCCGUGACUUUUUGGACAAGUGUCUUGCCGUUGAUGUUGAUACCCGGCCUUCCGCAGCCGAGAUGGCCCGUCACCGUUUCCUAGAACUCGCAGAUCCCCUUCCCUCUUUAGCUCCACUCAUUCGUGCUGCACGUCGAGCAGCAGCCAUGCAACGGAUGUAA